AUGCGGUUCUGUAUUGUAAUUGCAGUGUGCUACUUUAAUGAAAUUUUUACUCAAGAAUGCAAAAAGGAUGAGCAUGCCAUUUUGGGCAUGAUGCUUCGAAGACACACCUUCAAAACUAUGAAAUCAUCGAUUGCGGCUGAAUGUAAUCAGGCGUGUAACGAUGAUUUCCGAUGUCACAGCUUCAACUACGUCAUUUCUAAUGAACUAUGUGAACUAAAUAACCGGACUAAGGAGGCCAGACCAGAGAACUUUGUGCCAAAUUCUGCGAGAUAUUAUGUUAAGAGUAAUAAGGAAAGAGGUCAGUUUAACCAUAGAAAACCCUCAUCAAUGAAGUGAAACCCAUCUGAACAAUAGUGGCUAGUCUUACUAGAAAAGUAAGACCAUAGGUGAAUGACAUAAAUUGGUCUAAAUUUAUACUUUGAAGUUAUUCCCACAUUUAAGUCAGAAGGCAAUUUCUAACCCGAAAGCCUUUUUCCAUCGAGAACUAUAGUAAACAAAAGUGAAUAUUUUUUUUUUUCUUUCACUUGCGCACUGUAAUAAGACGGAAACCCGCAAUGAAGUUCAUGACGUCAAAACUUGCCUUCUCUCCAGUACAUGUAUAGAUUUAGUUUUAUUUUUAGUGGGCAAAUGGAAUUAGAAUUACAUUCUAAAGGAAAUGUUUUUCGACCUCAGUUCGUCUUGGUUCCAUUCCGGAAUUUCCAGCGGAUACAUGUGAGGAGAUACAACGAAGCGAAGAGGGAGAAGCGACCAGCGGCGAGUACUGGCUUUACUCCAUCACAACGGGAAAAACUGUUCUUGUUUCUUGCAAUAUGGAAAGAAAGGGUGACAAAACUGAAGUUUUUUUUGUUCUUGUAAUUGAUGUGGAUGUGAAAAUUUUAAUUCUUGUGAUUUACAGGUAGAGUAAUUGAUUUGUUGUGCACUGUUUGUCUCCUUUCGAUGAAAUCCUUGUCACAACCGUCAAAUAUAGCGGUAAAUGUCGUGUUGUUUUCUCAUUUGUCCAUGUCUGUAUUACAUCAGUUAUAAAAUUUGGGAACACCUUAACCAAAGUAAGGAUACGGUAGACCUUCGGAGGCCAAUUUUCUUUUUUUUUUUUUGCACUAAUUAUUCAGCCCGUCAAGUGUUCAUGGCCAACUAGAACCUGUCAACACGAAUUAGAGAUACUUUUUGCGGCGAAACAUCUUAUAAGCGGCUGCUAUUCAAUUUCAGUCGCAUAAACAUUUCCUGAUUUCGAUCGCACGUGCAGAUCUCUGCAAUCGGUUUGGGUGUAAAACUGGACGAAAGUCCAAGAAAGAUAGCUUGGCAGAGAAGAAAUUCGACACAAAAAGGCGAAAAAAGGCCUCUGAAACAGACAAAGGUUCGUGGUUUGAGGAAUUUUGGUUGAUGGCACUCGAUCGAAAAGUUUUACCGCGGCUGCUCGAGCCGUGUGAGACUUGAAAUUGCCCAUAAGCAGAGUUCAACAAGAUCUUUCAGUUGUAACUUGUAACUUGCGCUCGGGGAGAGACUGACUGACUGACUUGCCAACUGAUAAACUUAUUACUUUUUAACAUUUUGAUGUCAAUUUACAUUUUUCAUUGUUUUUUUUUGUCAUUUAUAGUAGACGAUCUAGUUUCUUUUUAUUUCUGUUGCUAGCUGGAUUUGGAGCCGGUGGAAGAAGAGGACGCUUCGGCAUUAUACAGACGUUCACUGUUCCACGGACCACCCGCUAUCUCAUCAAAGCCUGGGGAGCUCGGGGAGGAACACAUUCAUACGAUUAUGGAGACUAUCCAGGAACAUAUUAUGGUGGAAAGGGAGCGUUUAAAGAAGGGAAGUUCAGACUGAAUAAAGGAACAGUGUUAAAUAUUGUGGUGGGACAAAGAGGAGGAGAUUCAGUGGAGGUUAAAGGCGGACAAAGCACUAACAAAACAGCAGCUCAACUAGGAGUGUCCGUGGAAGACAAUGCUGGCACUGGAGGAGGGGGAGGAAGUUUUGUUUAUACUACAGCUGAUGUUCUGUUGCUGGCUGCCGGAGGAGGAGGGGGUGCGUCUGGUGGAUAUAAUGGUGUGGAUGGUCAGGCGGAAUCAAAUGGCACCAGUAGUGUAGGGCAGGUUUCGUCACAAGUUCGAAAUGGAGGCAUAGGUGGGCAGCCAGGUGAAUGCAACAGUGAGGGCGGUUACCACCAUGGAGGAGUGGGAGCGGGUUGGUUUGGUCAAGGUUGUACCCGGCUAGGCUCCUCCCAUGGGGAAAGAGGUGGAUCACGUGCG